AUGAUGUUGUCGAAGAAACUGAAAACGGAGUUCAUUCGCUCAGAUGUAGCAGCAAGGGCCCGACCUAUCUUUGAUGAGCUGGACCAGGACAAUGAUGAUGACUGGUGGAGAUACAACUUUCUCGCCUUGAGGAUACUGGGGGAAAUAAACAGGUCAACGAACCAGCGAUUAGCCAGGAGCUUGGAUUUCAAGGAAAACCAGCCACAUCUUCCUGCGGCAGGAACGGUAGACGUGGACGUCAACAAAGCCUGCAAG